AGGCCAAUUUUCCCCUCAAACAAAGUUCAAUGGAGCCGCAUGGUGCUUCCCCCCAAGUCCGUGGCAUCAGAUAACGCAAAACGUCAAUAAAUGCUGCGCUGGAAAAGUGUCACUAAUCAAAUGUUCCGCUUGAAUCAACAAAGUCUGGAGUGAAUGCAGGAGGAAAAUGUGAAGAGUUUUUUUUUAUUUUGUUUUUGUUGUUCCCGGUAUUUGCAGAAGUGAGUGAGUUCAAAUAACGGUGUAAUUUACUCCUCACCCCCCACGUCUCAUUAGUGACCAUGUGAUUCUGGAAUUUCUUAGUACUGAGAGUAGUGCAGCCGACGCAGCGCGGUUAGUGAAAGUAGCAGGCUACGUCGUCAUAAUUUGUGUGUCGCCCCCGAAGGAUGAUUAGGCGCAGAGAUUAGUUGGGGAUCUUGUGUGGUGAAGGGUAAACAGUAGCAGCAGCUGCAGCCACAGACGACGACGACCGCCGGCGUGCCGGUCGUAACGAGAGAUAAGGCGCCACCACCACCAUCAGCUGGCAUCAUUGUAGCAAAGUUCCACCAAAACCAAAUAGGAAAUCACCCCCCGAAGUGUGCUCCAGUUUGACCAGCCACCUUCAACAACGUCAUCAACCCCAAAACAACCAAAGUUAAGGGGAAGGACAAAAAAUCACGGCGACGACGACGACCCACAAAAAAGCUCAACUCAACGCUCUCAAGAAGCUUGCGCUGGUCAUUACUGGUGGCCGAACAAGAGAAAAAGGGUCUCGUGACUAGUGCGGGCUUUCAGAAUGGAGACGAUUAAGAAGGAAAAUAUACAAAUAAGUGAUAAUGGUGGACCGGCCGCGGCUGCUGCUGGUUCACUCACACAGUCGUCAACGACUACGACGACGACCAGCUCGGCGGAGGUGCUGCGAGACGAAAAGUCCCAAAUCGAGAAAUCAGUUCACUCGCAAUCGGCACUCAAGACGAAGCAGUCGUGGUUCCGCAAGUCCAACACUUGUGGCAGCCUGUACGCCAAGUGUGCCUGUAGCAACGGAGUGUCCGGCGUAGGACAGGCUUCAGCGGGAGCAGGGUCUCCUACCGGGAACCACGAGGGCAAGGUUCAUCGUCACAGCCACGGCCGGCCGAUCUCGACCUCGGAGAAGGACUUCCGGAAGAUUCGGGUGCUGCAGGCGUUCGUCCAUCCGGACACGACUACGGUAUUUACGCAGGAAAAUUGCUAUCCGGGAAGUGACUCUCCGACGAGAGCUUCGUUGAUUACGUCGGCGCAAGCCGGGGAGUUCCAGAUCCUGCACUCGACACAUUCCAAGCGGCAGUCUACGCCGAACUGUGGCGCGGACUACGCCGCGGCCUUUCAUCCGGAGUUUGUGCUGAAGAAGGUAGCGCCGAAGAAGCAGUCCGCCAACGGACUUCCGGACAGCAGAUCUCCCUCGAUAAGCAUUCCAUCGCCGCGCAAGGUACCGCUGAAGAAGAGCUCGCGCAGCUAUCCGGGACUGUCUCCGUCGGACAGCAGUGUCGAGUCGAUCAUCCGGGCGUUCGGACAGCGGUCCACCUCGUCCAGUGUGGACGAAGUUACGGAAGAGGAGGACUGCUGCGCCCAGACCGGUAGUGAAACGGACGAACUCGGCAGUUUGCGGGAUUCGUACAUCUCGUUCACCGCUGCCGCCACUUCCGACAAGCAACCUCCCCCGGUGAACAGUGAUACCAACGGGUCGGUUGAUCAAGUGUGUGAAAGUGAUAUUCAGCUAGAAGAACGAAGUGACAGUGAUAGCAGCAGCAGUGACAACAGUCCACCCUCCCAGCUCCUGAACCCACUCCCCGCUCCGGCGAUCCCGUGCAAGCUCAACCCGUCGGCGCACGAGUUCUUCAUCCAGUCGGGCAUCCUCGGACCAAUGGGCAAUGGAUCGUCGGUGCUGCUGCGGAAAACGUCCAAGAUCGUGCCGAACGUGGACGCGCCGGUCAAGGAGAAGAUCCGCAAAAAUUCCAAAAUGCUGUACGGCAGCCGGACGGUGCUAACCGGCGGCGGCGGUGGUGACUCCCGCCGCAAAUCCAUUCCGCCGGACUCCAACUGUGAUAGCUUCCAGUCGUACGGGAGCACCCCGACGCUCAACAGCAGUAGCGGUGGCCGCCAUCUGCCGCGGACCCUCGAAGAUGAAAUCAACAACCUGCGGCAGCUGCUCAAAGCCCGGGACGAGGAAAUCAGCAAACUUCGGCGGGAGAUCGACAAACUCAAGAGCGUACUCCAGCAGACGACCACCAACAGCAUGGACGUUAAGAAGCAGCAGCAGCAGCAGCAAUCGGCCCCGGUCGUGGCACUCCAGCAGCUCCAGAAAGUCCCCAAGACCCCACCGGUAGUCGAGGGCGACCUGCUGUCCAGCAUUCAAGCGAACUACGUGAUGGCCGGUCAGCAGCUUCCGGUCUCCGAACUCUUCGGCGUUCCCGGCAAGGGCUUCAAGCUGAACCACGGAACGCCGAGCAACGUCGGAAACGGUCACAUCAAACCCAAAGGAGCCAUGCUGGUGGCGAUGAAGAAGCAGGGAGUUUCGGGCGAGAGUUGCGAACUGAUGGGCAGUCACUCGGACAUUAAGAUCCCCAAGUACGACAAGGACUACAGUGCGAAGCAGCUGAUUAAGGACGCGAUUUUGGAGAACGAUUUCUUCAAGAACAUUGAUUCGCUGCAGAUUCGGGAGAUUGUGGACUCGAUGUACAGUCGGGAGUUUCGGGCCGGGGAGUAUGUGAUUCACGAGGGGCAGGCGGGCUCGCACUUGUACGUGUCGGCUUCGGGGAACUUUGAGGUGUUGAAGGAUAGCAAGUCGCUGGGGUUCAUGGGGCCGGGGAAGGCGUUUGGAGAGCUGGCGAUACUGUACAACUGCACGAGGACGGCUUCCAUUAGAGUGCUGUGCGACUCCCGCGUCUGGGUCCUGGACCGGCGCGUCUUCCAGCAGAUAAUGAUGCGCACCGGGCUGCAGCGGAUCGAGGAGAACGUCAACUUUCUGCGGUCGGUCCCCCUGCUCAAGAACCUCAGUAAUGACGUACUUACCAAGAUUGCGGACGUGCUGGAAGUGGAAUUCUACCCCGCCGGAGCGUACAUCAUCCGUCAGGGCGCCGCCGGCGACACCUUUUUCCUCAUUAGCCAAGGCACGGUGAAGGUCACCCAGCGUUUACCAGGCCGUUCCGUCGAGGAGGAAAUCCGAAUCCUGGGCCGCGGCGAGUACUUUGGCGAGAAGGCCCUCAUCAAGGAGGACAAACGGACGGCGAACAUAAUCGCCAUGUCCCCGGGCGUGGAGUGCUUAACGCUGGACCGGGAGUCCUUCACGAAGCACAUCGGGGACCUGUGCGAGCUGCACGAGAAGGACUACGGGGACGCGGAGCGGGUGCUGGCCUUCCGGAAUCUGGAGAACCAGCUGCCUUCGCUGGACGCGGUGAAACCUGAACUCAUGGACGUGGAACUGUCCAGCUUGGAGAUUGUCGGAACGCUUGGCGUCGGUGGCUUUGGCCGCGUCGAGUUAGUCAAACUAGAGCAAACCAACUCGAUCCGGGUGUUUGCGCUCAAAUGCAUGAAGAAGAAGCACAUCGUGGACACUCGGCAGCAGGAGCACGUGUACAGCGAGCGGAAGAUCAUGCUGGCUUGCAAUAGUCCGUUCAUCUGUCGGCUUUACCGGACGUAUCGGAACGACAAGUACGUGUACAUGCUGCUGGAGGCCUGUAUGGGCGGAGAGGUUUGGACGAUUUUGAGGGAUCGAACGCACUUUGAGGACGGAACGGCAAAGUUCAUCGUCGGGUGUGUGCUGAAGGCGUUUGAGUUUUUGCACUCGCGGGGGAUCGUGUACCGAGAUCUGAAGCCGGAGAAUCUGCUGCUGGACUCCAAGGGUUACGUCAAGUUGGUUGACUUCGGCUUUGCCAAGUUCAUUGGUUACAGCAGCAAAACAUGGACCUUCUGCGGAACUCCGGAAUAUGUCGCGCCUGAGAUUGUGCUGAAUCGAGGACACGAUCGUUCCGUGGAUUACUGGGCGCUUGGAGUUUUGAUCCAUGAGUUGCUGACGGGAAUACCUCCAUUUGCGGCGGCAGACCCGAUGAAAACGUACAAUAUUAUUCUUAAGGGAAUCGAUAUGGUGAAUUUUCCCAAGCACAUGUCCCGGUCGGCGGUCAGUUUGAUCAAGCGGCUCUGUCGGGAUAUUCCGUCGGAGCGGCUCGGCUAUCAAAGGGGAGGCGUUCAGGAUAUUAAGAAGCACAAAUGGUUCCAGGGCUUCGACUGGGAGGGCCUCGCCAACCAGACGCUCAAAUCACCGCUGCAGCCAAAGCUAAAAGGCCCGCUCGACAUGUCCAACUUUGACGUCUUCCCGUCGGACCCGAGCGUACCGCCGGUGGAGACGUCCGGCUGGGAUGCCGACUUUUGAAUAGCUGCUACUGCUUUAUGUUAUAUAUUUUUAAGUUUUGAUCUACAACUGUGAGUUUGUAAGCUUAAGCAAUACUGGACCAGACACAAACGUUUAGCUUUAAGGUAGAAACUUGCCCCCCAGAUUAAGGCCUUAGCACAACCAACCUUGGUAGAACCUGUGUACAAUAUCUCAUCUAUGUUAUAGAGUUGAACCCUUUACAAAUUACGCUAAUAAAGAAAAACGCUGAAUUUGAGUA